AUGGAGAUUACACAAGAUAUGAAUGGUUUUUACCUGAAUCAGUGCAAGUGCAUUAAUGAUUUACAUUGUCGCUGGGGUAUAGAUAAAGCUUCAAUAUGUAAAACUCCCAUUGCUUCUGCUCAAACACUGUCAAAAUAUGAUAGUAAUAAGUUGACCCUUGCUGAUAGUAUUUCAUAUCGCAAACUAGUUGGUUCUCUUCAAUAUUUAGCUAACACAAGGCUAGACAUUGCCUUUGUGGUUAGCAAAUUAAGUCAAUUUCUCUCUGACCUAACUUUACUGUACUGGCAAGCUGUGAAGUGUUUACUUCGUUAUCUUCAAGGCAUGAUGUCGUUGAGUCUUCAACUUAAAAAGUCUGAUUCUUUGGAAUUUGUGGGAUACUCAGAUGCAGACUGGGCAACCUGUCCUAAUGAUAGAUGUUCAAUUAGUGGAUAUUUUGUCUUCUUUGGUGAUGCUCUUAUUUCUUGGUCAUCAAAGAAACAAACUGUUGUUGCCAGAUCAAGUGCUGAGUCUGAAUACCGUGCUUUAGCUCACGUUUCUACUGAGUUAGUUUGGCUUCGCUCGUUGAUGUCUAAACUUAGGAUUCAGUUUUCACAGCCUUAUUCUAUUUAG